CCCGUUGACGACCUUUCACUCUUCAGCUUUAUACAAAUUCUCACGAGACAUAACUAUUUGUACUCACUACUUACUACGAUCACUACCUGAUUCGCUGUAUUGCUCUUGCAUUAACAAACUCUGCUAAGAACUUUAUCACCUUGUACUAUUUGCAAAUCGACCAUGCCUUCCACAGUAGAAUAUCGUGCUGGGAAGCGACCUCGCACCCAAUCUUUACCUCCUCCGGCUCUCCCCCAACUUGUUGCCGAACAGCACGUACCCAUAGCCUCCAAUGACAAGGACAGUCAGAGACUCAUAGUAGUCUUAUCCAAUGCCAGUCUAGAGACAUACAAGGCCUCCCACGGUGGCGGCGCUGGUCGUGCCGGUAUGCAGCGUGAGGACAAGUACUCGCUUCUCAACAGCGACGAGCACAUAGGAGUGAUGCGCAAGAUGAACCGAGACAUCAGCGACGCCCGACCCGAUAUUACACAUCAGUGUCUCCUUACCCUUCUGGAUUCGCCCAUCAACAAAGCAGGCAAGCUGCAAAUAUAUAUACAGACUGCAAAGGGUGUCCUCAUCGAGGUGUCGCCUACUGUCCGUAUUCCCCGAACGUUCAAGCGAUUUGCCGGUUUGAUGGUUCAGCUGCUCCAUCGCUUAUCUAUCCGCUCUACCAACUCGCAAGAGAAGCUCCUCCGAGUCAUCCAGAACCCGAUUACGGACCAUCUUCCACCCAAUUGCCGCAAGAUCACUCUAAGCUUUGACUCGGCCACCGUGCGCGUACGAGACUACAUGCAGACUCUUGGGCCAAAGGAAAGCAUAUGUGUCUUCGUGGGUGCCAUGGCCAAAGGCCCAGACAACUUCGCCGACGAGUAUGUAGACGAGAAGAUCUCAAUUAGCCAAUACAGCCUUUCGGCUAGUGUUGCAUGCAGCAAGUUUUGCCACGCUGCUGAGGACGUCUGGGACAUCCUCUAAGAUAGUCUCCUAAGCUGAGCCCCUCGAGGAGGAAAAGGGGAAUGUAAGAGGAGGGUAGGUAGUGGAACGUAUUAGAACGAUACGUCGGCUUUACGUCGUGCCUAUUGGAUGAGUUUAAGCGGAUUAAGCUGCGGAAGAGUGAGCUGGAUAUUGGAGCAUCUGUUGUUGAGCCAUCCGCUUCUAGG